CAUCUGUGCAUUUCGAGUUUCCGUGCAAAGAUCCUUGAGGAUAUAUUGUCAAAAGACAAUUUACAGUUAAACCGGUUUAUUGCUCGUUACAUCAUGAAAGAGAGGAUGAAAACUGAAGCAUGUGCGAUGAGAAAAUAAACUAGUGUAUAUUUAAUCGGCAAAGGAUAACUUUAUCCGACUUGACGCGGAUUUGUUGACCAAUCCGCGACACAGAUCUCGAGAACCUCGUUCUCGAAUCAUGUGUGAAUGCGGGAACGCGUAUAGGUAUCUUUAUCUUUGUAUCGUCGUCCGGGAGUCGCGCGUGUGAAGAUGUUCUCGUAAUAAGUGAAAUUGUGUUUCCCGGGUUAUUAGACAGAUCGCUAUCUUCGUUGAAGGCAACAACGAGACUUUUAUAGUUACUCACUGAACACGGAUUUAAUUAAUCACUUUACCGUACCUGACGGAGCAAAUUCUCUUAAAUUUCUAACAAAAGCGUGGAUUAGUAAUAGAAAAAAAAUAGUGCACUAGAUUUAAAAUUGCAAAGUAAAUGAUUGUGUGGUCGUUUAAGUGUUAAAUUUAUCGCAAUAUUUCACUACUUUAUAAAAUCUUAUAGGUGUAUUUUUUAUUUUUGCAAAUAAAAUAUAAAAUGUAAAUUUUGUAAGAAAGAGAGAAAAAGAUUGACGUGAUCUUUUUCAAGUAAAGCAUCGUGAAAUCACUGGUUUGAAUAAGCCGGUAUCUUAUCGCAAAGUAUUCGCGAGUGAAAAUAGGAUAAAGAUUGCCAACCAAAUCUUGGCUUGAUCAUUAUCAGUAGAAGUCCGAGGUAGUUUUUCGCACACGAUUUAAUUAGCACUCUGUCGCUAGGGAGAGACUUCAAUAUAUUCCUUAAAGAUUAACCUUCAUUUUCUUUCGUGUUUCUUAUUUUUGUGCAACUCGCAAUGGCAAAGACGGAAAAGAAUGAAAAUAACAUUUAUAAACAAAGUGGAUAUAUUAACGAGGCUUUCCAAUUAGACGGUUUUGAUUCUCACGAAAAUAUUCCGCCCGAUUAUAAAACAGCGCAUCUUGACAAACAGCAGGAACAUUCCGAAAACUCAGUGGUCGCUAAAGAAGCUGAAUGGGGAGGCAGACUACAAUUUCUGAUGGCUUGUAUAGCCACUUCUGUUGGGUUGGGAAACGUGUGGAGAUUUCCAUUCACCGCAUACGAGAACGGAGGUGGUGCCUUUCUAAUACCUUACAUUAUAGUUCUGAUUUUGGUCGGGAAACCGUUUUAUCUCUUAGAAGCACUACUGGGACAAUUUACCAAUAGAUCCUGCGCGAAAACAUGGUACAUGACACCAGCCAUGAAGGGUUUAGGCUACUCACAAGCCUACGCCGCGUUCUGUGUCGUUUCGUACUACUGCGCUCUGAUGGCAUUGACCUUGUACUACUUGGUAAUGAGUUUCCAGUCUGAGUUGCCGUGGUCGGUCUGUCGCACGGAAUGGCAAAAUUAUUGUAUUGAUGCUUCCUCGAACGGCAGUAUCCCCGAAACUCGCAAUGUUACUGUUCGAAGUUCCGCAGAGCUGUAUUUCAGGAAAGUAGUGUUGCAAGAAUACGAGUCAAUUGAGAGCGGUAUCGGCGCGCCAUCCUGGCAACUGGCAAUAUGUCUAUUUCUCAGUUGGGCUUGUAUCUUUGGAGUGCUCUUCCGCGGCGUGAAGAGUACGGGCAAAGCCGUUUACUUUCUUGCAUUAUUUCCUUACGUCGUGAUGAUAGCUCUGUUGAUCAGAGCCAUAACUCUAGAAGGCGCUGUCAACGGCAUUCUUUUCUUUAUCACGCCGAAAUGGGACGCUUUGUGGAAGCCUAACGUCUGGUACGCCGCUAUUACGCAAUGCUUCUUCUCAUUGUCGGUCUGCUUCGGCCCAAUCAUCAGUUACUCAUCCUACAACAACUUCGGGCACAGAGUAGACAGAGAUGUAAUGAUAGUGACAACGCUGGAUACGUUUACUAGUUUAAUAGCCGGUUGCACUAUUUUCGGUAUCCUCGGUAAUCUAGCUCAUGAGAUGGGCACGACGGAUAUCUCCAAGGUGGUCCGCGGUGGCACUGGAUUAGCCUUCAUCUCGUAUCCGGACGCUCUGUCGCGCUUCACUGUCGUGCCACAGGUGUUCUCCGUGCUGUUUUUCAUCAUGCUAUUCGUCCUCGGUACAGGAAGCGCCGUCGCUUUGUGCGGCGCUGUGUUUAACAUUUUAUGCGAUCAUUUUCCCGGAGUGAGGCAAUGGUUACUGGUACUCUGCGUUAGUUCCGUCGGCUACGUCGUCAGUCUCAUCUACAUCACUCCAGGUGGUCAAUGGUUCAUAACGUUGGUCGAUUACUUUGGCGGAACCUUCGUGGCAAUAAUUGUCGGUGUUCUUGAGAUGAUGACUAUUUUCUGGGUGUAUGGUCUUACGAAUUUCCUUGACGAUAUGGAAUUUAUGCUGGGUAAGAGACUAGGUAUCUACUGGCGAUUAUGUUGGUUCUUAAUCACACCCCUGCUUAUGAUCGUCAUAUUGAUCUACACGUGCGCAACUUACGAACCGCUUUUGUACGAUGGCGUACGAUUUCCUGAUUAUGCUUACGGCAUAGGAUGGUUUCUACUGGCUCUAGGCAUAUCUCCUAUAAUCUAUUGGGUCAGCCAUAAAAUUUUCAGAAAAAAAUUUUCCUCCUUUACAGAAUCUGUCAAAAUGGCAUUUCGACCUUCUAGAAAGUGGGGACCCAAGAAUCCAAAGACACAUAUAGAAUACGAAGCAUUUACGACACAGAAGAAAUUAAUAAGAGUCCAGAGCAGUCUGAUAAAGACAUUUUUCAAAUAAAAGAGCUAAGCUUUAUUUACUGUUCCUCUAUUUUUCUAAAUUGAUAUUAUAAGCUUUUAUAUUAGUUAAAAUAACAUAAUAAAAAAAUAAAUCAUGCCAGAUAUGCCUGUGCGUAUGUG